AUGCGCCAGAUGUCGAAGGGAACCAAACCUCCCGAGAAAGGCCCUCCCCCGAAAGGCGCUGCCCCGAAAGACCCACCCAAGAAUCCCGAAAAAAAGAAGCAAGACGAAACGGCAAUUCGAGGGGGCAGUAAGUGCAGCCCCAAGAACAAAUCCGCGGGUGCUCCUGCACCUGGAGCCGUGAAGAAAAGCUGCGAUGAUUUGCUCAACAAGAAGAGCGGCAAGAAGAAGAAGCAAAAACUAACGGCAAUUCAAGGCGGCGGUCAAUGCGGCCAGAAACGAAAGGAAUCUGCCCACAGUGGAGGAGGCAUGAAGCUCUGGCGAAGCAUAUCCCUCUUCGCAGUCCUGCCAAUGGUGGCCAUACUGACGCUUCUUGUGUUCAGCACCCAUAAGGAGCACGAACAUCCAGAGUUCGUCUACUAUCCUUUCAUGUACAAACGAACGAAGACGUACUAUUUCAAGGACGGCAAUCGAACCCUUUUCCAUAACAGCAAACAGAAUGCUCUGCCACCGGCUGGCUACGAAGAUGAGAUAGAUGAAGGGGGAAUUGGCCAGGAACCAGAGACGGAAAAGGACAAGAAGCAACGUCUAAGUGAUUUCCAAAAAUUGCUCAAGGAUUGGAAAAAGCAUGCGGGCGCGGAGUCAGCAGCUGCUGAGUAGCAAAAGAAGAA